CUUCUUCCCCGUCUCGCUAAGUGGACCGGUGUUGCCCAGGGGCUUCCCAGCUCCCCGACUUGUUCGAGAGGGGAGCACACCAAGCUGUCGGGCUGAACCCCGGAGGCCUGGGGACCCGAGCACCGAGGAGCGCCGAGCGGGUGCUGGUCAGGGCUGGGCCCGUGGGGCACGGGAUACCGAGAGUGUGCACGCGCCGCUAAGGCGCUGCGCUCCCAGAGCGUCUGCAGCUGCAGGAGGGGCAUCUGCCCCCACCCGAGGCUCGCGGCCAGCAUGGCCCCCACACUGCAGCAGGCGUACCAGAGGCGCUGGUGGAUGGCCUGCACCGCUGUAGUGGAGAAUCUCUUCUUCUCUGCCGUGCUUCUGGGCUGGGGCUCCCUGCUGAUCAUGCUCAAGAACGAGGGCUUCUAUUCCAGCAUGUGCCCAGCUAAGAACACCACUAACAUCACCCAGGAUGCACAACCCCGGUGGCCCAGCUGUGACCAUCAGGAAGAGAUGCUCAACCUGGGCUUCACCAUCGGCUCCUUCGUGCUCAGUGCCACCACCCUGCCACUGGGGAUCCUCAUGGACCGCUUUGGCCCCCGGCCCACACGGCUGGUUGGCAGUGCCAGCUUUGCUGCAUCCUGCACCCUCAUGGCCCUGGCCUCUCGGGACACCAAAGUUCUGUCUCCAUUGAUAUUCCUGGCGCUGUCCUUGAAUGGCUUUGGUGGCAUCUGCCUAACAUUCUCUUCACUCACGCUGCCCAACAUGUUCGGCAACCUGCGCUCCACUAUCAUGGCCCUCAUGAUCGGCUCCUACGCCUCUUCUGCCAUCACGUUCCCAGGAAUCAAGCUGAUCUACGAUGCUGGCGUACCCUUCGUGGUCAUCAUGUUCACCUGGUCGGGCCUGGCCUGCCUCAUCUUUCUGAACUGUGCCCUCAACUGGCCCAGUGAAGCCUUUCCCGCUCCUGAGGAAGGCAGCUACAAGAAGAAGAUCAAGCUCACCGGGCUGGCCCUGGAUCACAAGGUGACAGGCGACCGCUUCUACACCCAUGUGACCAAUGUGGGGCAGCGGCUGAGCCAGAGGGCCCCCAGCAUGGAGGAAGGUGACAUCUUCUCCCAGGAUGCUCGUGGCACCUCAGAGAACCCUCGUGACAAGUCUGUCCCCUUCCGCAAGAGCCUCUGCUCCCCCAUUUUCCUGUGGAGCCUCCUUACCAUGGGCAUAACCCAGCUGCGGGUCAUCUUCUACAUGGCUGCCAUGAACAAGAUGCUGGAGUUCCUCGUGACCGGCGGCCACAAGCAAGAGACUAUCGACCUGAAACAAAGAACAGAGGAGACAGUUGGAUUCUACUCCUCCGUCUUUGGGGCCAUGCAGCUGCUAUGUCUGCUCACCUGCCCUCUCAUCGGCUACAUCAUGGACUGGCGGAUCAAGGACUGUGUGGACACCCCCACUGAGGGCAUGGCCCUCGGAGAUGCCAGGGACGGGGUUGCCACCAGAUCUGUCAGGCCGCGCUACCGCAAGAUCCAGAAGCUCACCAACGCCAUCAACGCCUUCACCCUGACCAAUGUUCUGCUCGUGUCUUUCGGCUUCACCUGCCUCAUCAACAACUUACACCUCCAGUUUAUGACCUUUGUCCUGCACACCGUGGUUCGAGGUUUCUACCACUCGGCUUGUGGCGGCCUCUACGCUGCAGUCUUCCCGUCCAACCACUUUGGGACGCUGACCGGCCUGCAGUCCCUCAUCAGUGCCGUGUUUGCCCUGCUCCAGCAGCCACUCUUCAUGGUCAUGGUCGGACCCUUGAAAGGAGACCCCUUCUGGGUGAACCUGGGCCUCCUGCUCGCCUCACUCCUGGGGUUCCUGCUACCUUCCUACCUCUUCUACUACCGCGGCCGGCAGAAGGAGUACACCACUGACUGGGAGGGCCCCCUGAAGGGGCUGGGCAGCUCCGAGGUGACUGCAUAGACCUCUGAGGCCAAGGGACCUGGAUGACAGGCAGCUAAGGCCUGCGCAACCAAAGGGAAUGCCUCCUACGGCUUUUAUACCUGUAAUAUAUGCACAAAGCCAGGGGCCGUGCAUUUAUAAAUACCAAGAGAAGUUCUAUUUUUAUAGGGACUUGCUAAAAGGGGAAAACAAUCCCUAAAAAAAAAUCCCCCAAAGCAAUGCACCCUUGACUGAAGACAUCCCCUGUGCUAGAAGGAUGGGCCUCUUCCUCCUGGAUUGGAGACCAGUGUGUGGGGCUGCCCUUCUUCUGGGCCUUCGUCCUCCUGCUGCCUCCUGGGGCUUGUGGGAUCAGCCAGCAGGCUACCCCCAAAGCCCCAGCUGUGCAAUGCUCAGAGUGUACAUGCGUGUGUGUGCACAUGCACGUGUGUGUGUGUGUGUGUGUGUGUGUGUAUGAACCCACCUUCCCCAAGGGGAAAGGGGCCUGAGGUGCUGGCUGUGUCCUGGAUGGGGUGUGGGGAGUAAGCCUUUUCCAGGGGCCGGAGGGCGGGUUCCCUCCCUGGUGCUGCUUCUUGCAGAUCUCAGAGGAAAUAAAAAGGGAAGUGAGAGACUGGCUGGCGUGUGCUUGUGUCUUCCCACAGCUCUACCCAUCUUCCUCACCCAGGCUUGGCUGGGCAUUAAGUAGGACGCCCACAGUGCCAGCCCGUCCACCUCUGGCUGGCUGGCUCGCCUCCCUGUUCUCUCAGCCAUGCCCUAAUCUUAGAGUCUGGCUCCAGACCCUGCCCUCUGCUCCCGCCUCCAUGUCCCUGGGUUUGGGUAUAUCCAGGAGGCUGAACUGUUUGCAUACAGGGGUCAGGGCAGGAUGCUUUAGAAAGAAUGGAUGGCCCUGGCUGGUUUGCUCAGUGGUUAGAGCGUUG